GUUGAAAAUGAAAAGGCAGGAGAGAGCGUUGUUGUGUUGUGGGGAGGGGUUGGUGUUUGCUGGUGUGUUAUCAUCAGCCAGGAGAGGGGAAAGGGGUGGGGAGGAGAGGAGAGGAGGGGUUACAAGCCCAGUCCCGCGGAACAUCCUGCAAACACAUCUGAGACUCGGAACAAAACUCUUUUACAGUUCCCCCGUCACUGCGAGCUGCGGCGCACAUCGCCUCCGCUCCACCGGAUGGCUCGUUGUUUGAUCUCCAGUAAAGCUCGAACUCUUUAGGCAAAAGUCGUUUAGUUGUUGUUGAAUAGUUGACCGACUCUGCAGGUCGUUGCCCCCGGUGGACUUAUGUGUUUAUGUUUGGACGCACGGCGGUGGGACAUCCGGAAUGGGGAAUCCGUAGGAGGGGAGGACGCUCACUGGUGUGCCGCUGUUGGUAGAUAGAGCGCGAGCGCACCAACGCAGUUGCGCGCACACGGUCUACGCACGAGAUGGACCUGAAGAAGACGAAAUUUGGAAGGUUCAUGAAUUGCAGGGUGCCAGCCAGUAGGAGAUACCAGCCCACUGAAUAUGAACAUGCUGCAAACUGUGCCACACAUGGGUUGUGGAUUCUUCCCAGUCUGGUGGCUGGUUCGGUGCUCUAUUUCUUGUCUGUGGACCAAUGGCAUCGUGUUGCUGCCUGGCUCUAUGGGAGCGGUCUCACCGGCCUGUUUGUCACCUCAACACUCUUCCACACUGCUGCCUGGAAAAUCAGCCACCUACGGAAGGUGGAGCAGCGUUUCCACAUGUGUGACAGAAUGGCCAUCUACUUCUUCAUUGCUGCCUCCUACUCUCCCUGGUUGAUGCUGAGGGAGCUCGGCCCCUGGGCGUGCCACAUGCGCUGGCUGAUCUGGGUCAUGGCUUGUAUAGGAUCCACGUAUGUCUUCUUUUUCCAUGAGAGGUACAAGCUGGUGGAGUUGAUGGGAUAUGUGGCCAUGGGGACUGUUCCUGCUUUGGUCAUCCUGUCCAUGGUGGAGCGUGCAGGUGUUUGUGAACUGGCAGUGGGAGGUGUCUUCUACAUGGUGGGGGUGGUCUUCUUUAAGAGCGACGGCCUCGUCCCUUUCGCCCACGCUAUCUGGCAUCUUUUUGUUGCAGCUGGAGCAGGCGUCCAUUAUUACGCCAUCUGGAGGUACCUGUACUUACCUGAACCGCUGCUGCAGACAGCGAGGUGACCGGCCCGAGAUCUCACCUGAGAUCACGUGGUCCCACAUCAAGUGUUUUGACCAAGACGAGUGUAUUUUAGUCGUGAGAUCACAACAACUAAACUGAUUUGAGGUUACACUGUCACUGCAGACUGCUGAGGAUCAGAUGAAAUUCUCCUCAGGAGGGACCAAACCCCUUUACUGUUUAUUAUAUUAUUAGACCAAACUUGUGAUGACCACAUGUGAUUGUGAUUGUGAUGCCAAUCUAUAGAGAAAGAGUGGAUAUUUGGAAUAUAAUUGAACAACUCUGGGUAUGAAUCUUAAUUUAUGCUCAUCACCUCAUACAGACACAGACAGGGCAACACAUAAUGUGCCAGAAAGUUUAUAUAACCAUUGUUCAGUAAAAGGAGUAGUUUGACAUUUUGGGGAAUUUGUUUCUGUUUUCUUGGUGAGUUAGGUGUUCAGAUUGAUACCACUGCUCAUGACUGUACGCUAAAUAAGAAGUUACAGCUAGCAGCCUGUUAGCAUAGCUUAGCAUGAAAACUGACACCAGGUGGGAAACAACUAGCUCUAACUGGCUCUGAACUAAAGUGACAAACUCAACGUACCAGCACCACUAAAGCUCUAACCUUGUGUCGUUUGUUUAAUUUGUGCAAAAACAGACACGAAAAUGAAGCACUGUGACUUUGUCUAAGUGUCUUUUCUUCACCAUGGGGUUCGUCUAGCAACCAAUGGAAGUUACUGCCGCUGUGCUAAACUAAGCUAAACAUCUGCUAGCUUCAUAUUUACUGUCCAGAGAUAAGUGUGGUAUCAAUCCUCUCAUUUAACUCUUUACAGGAAAACAAAUAAGUGUAUUUCUCAUAAUGUCAGUCUGUUCCUUUAGGCAUGCAUCUCUGUAACUGAACUGUUGUCUGUGACAACACAUAUUCAGCUUCCUUAAGCUUGUAAACCACCCUUUCUGUAAUCCAACCACCAGUAAUGUGCCAAAACUUACCAGACACACAUUCCUUCACAGUGGUGCUAGGAGCCAGAUUUCAAUAGAGGAACUCAGUAUCACAAUUGCACUGAUUUUGUUUUACUUCUUUCCAUUUUUGAACACCUUCAAAAAAUGAAAAAUGUAGUCAGCCAACAAACUUUUCAGUUUAAGUUUAAUGUUAGGGUUUAGGUCAAUAUACUAAAUGUUUCUCUGAGAGGAUUUGAACUUUAUCUCUCACUGUUGAACAUAUGAGCUACCACUGGUCUUAGGUUGUCAUAGACUGACUUACUACAAUAUGCAAACUGCUGACAGACUUAAAGUUGCCAAUAUCUGGGUGACACGCUGAUGUGACUUCAUCCUGAAGAAUCAAACAGGUUGACCAUCUUUAGGUCAAGAUAAAAGGCUGAAUGAUUACAGGCUUCAGUAGAACUGGCCUCAGAUGUGAUUCUGUUGUGAUUUCUAUUUAUCCUAAAUAGCACAAAAUAGAUUCUCAUGGUUUACUGUAAUGUGAUUUGAAAAGUCUAAUCUGAGAUUAUCAUAGAGCUAAUGUAACACUGACAAACUGUAUUCUGGGUCAAAUGUUGAAUUCACAAAGAACAUCAAGGCUGUAUGCACUAAUCAUUUUUUUAGAGGACUAUGACUGGCAACUGAUGCACACUUAUCCUCCUGCACUUUUUUUAUCGAACAGCAGUUGACAAUUUAAAUAGAUUUUGCUGAAAUCCUCUGAAUAUGACAGAAACAGCACAUGGGGAUUGAAUAUAUAUAGAUUAUAUAUGCAAAUUUCCAUUUUUAUUUUCAUAGUUUUGAUUUUUAUACUUCUUCAAGCACUGUAUAGGUCACACUUUCAGAUCUUCCCUAACCUCUAACAGAGCACUUACUCAGGAAGUGAACUUUUUUUUUCUUUUUAAAUCAAAUGAUCUAUUUUGUAAAAUUUUAUGUCUGUGAAAUCACUGAAUUAAAGAGGAGAUGCUAUAUUACA